UCUAAGCAGCAACGGUGAGGUUCGUAAAGUCCUACUUUCGUUUGGUCCUGGCGCGCUUUGGAAACGCCUGCUCGCAAUGGUGCUAUAAGGAGAGAUUUACGCACUAACCAAACCUAACCUAACCUGUAACGUCCUAAAUAGUUGCACCAGAAAGAAGCAGAGCAAGUCAUGUUUCAUUUACCGAUGUUCACACCUGAUCAGGUGGCUCGAGUCUGUGAGAAUCUAGAGGAAACCGGAGAUAUCGAGCGCUUGGGGCGCUUCCUCUGGUCCCUGCCCGCGGCCGUUCCGGGCUCGGCCGGCGAACUUCUCAACCGCCACGAGUCGGUGAUGCGAGCCCGUGCUCUCGUCGCUUUCCACGGAGGGAAUUUCGAAGCUCUCUACCAGAUCUUGCAGACUCACCGCUUUACGCGAGAGUCCCACGCCAAACUGCAGGACCUGUGGUUGGACGCGCACUACCGUGAGGCGGAGCACCUGAGGGGAAGACCGCUGGGUCCGGUGGAGAAAUACCGCAUCCGUAAGAAGUUUCCCCUCCCUCGCACUAUCUGGGAUGGGGAGCAGAAGACGCAUUGCUUUAAGGAAAGAACCCGUAGUCUCUUGAGGGAAUGGUACCUGCAGGAUCCCUACCCCAACCCUUCUAGAAAACGGCACCUGGCUCAGGCUACAGGUCUCACACCCACUCAGGUGGGCAACUGGUUUAAAAACAGAAGGCAGCGGGACAGAGCGGCAUCUGCUAAAAACAGACUGCAGCAAGACCACCCCCUCCUUCCCUCAGGUAGCUCUCUGGAACGUUCCUCAUCAGAGCACAACCCCCUCCUCCAUGGCUCCUCCCCACAACAUCCUGGCAGCCCAGAGAACAGUGACUGUAGCUCGGGUACAGGGCCGAGGAGGACUGGAGCCUCCACACUAGAAAUAUCAGUCAGCAGUGACAGUGAGUUUGAGUCAUGAAGAACGCCUGGAGCAGCCCUCAGUACUGCACAGAACUGUUGAAAAGAAAGCUUAUAAAUGCACUUAAAGGAAUGAUUGACCACAUCUUUUAAAUCUGCUUUUAAAGGGACUUUUUCCAUGUGAUUUUGCUGUUUAAAACAGAUUUCUUUUUUUUUUAAUUUUUUAUUAUCAAAACAGGCACAUUUGGGCUCUUGGUUUUCUGGGAAAAUUGAAAUAAUCAGGAGUUAAUGCUUUCUUGAAUGUUUCAUUUGUGUUAUGUUUCUUCCUUACCAAAGAAGACCAUGCCAUUUCAAGGCUGAUGACUAAACUGUGCACUUGAAAUUGACUCCCAACGGACUUCUUAAAAGGCAUUUGCCAAAUAAAUAUCAAUCCAAAAAUCUAUUAUUCAUAAUUUUCUUCUUUUUUUAAUCAAGUGAAUACUCAGGUGGUACAAAAUAUGAGACAUAUCUUGCACGUGGACCUACUGUAUUAUGCAGAUUGUGUAUCUGAAGUGCUGCUGAACUACUUCAGCAGAUGGCAUAAUCAGUAAUUUUGUCUUGUUUUCCACUAUAAUUAAUUUUUGUUGUUGUUGAAAC